CAACAAUAACAACAACAACAACAACAACAACACGACCCGACGACUCGACAUUCCGACCGAACUCAAUCUACUUCUUCUUACCGACCGCACCAUACCCUUUCAUCAGCAUCUAAGCGCAAUCUCGAGCUUGAUUUGGGUUUCUUCCGUCUUCUACCAUUUUCCUUUUACCGUGCAAUCUCCCCGUUAAAAGAUCGACACGGUCGCAACAUCACAACGAUGACCGCUCCAUCCCAGACUACCGUUACUGUUCUGCCCCACCAAAGACCCGGCGGCUUCCACAAUAACAACAACAACCACCGCCAUACCAAGAGCAGUUCCUCGGUCGCCCAAUCUCAGAACAUCGUUACCCCAAGACAGAAGAGCCAACCUAAUAUCCACACGGCUCAACAGAUCCAGUCUCCACCACGCUCGUCGGAGAUCAGAAACUCGAACAACAACACCCUAAAGACUCCUAGGGGCGACGGAGGAUCAACCAAGAAGAAGAGGAGACAGAGGAAGCCGAAGGACAUUGUCAACAAGAGCUCCCCUGAGCAGUCGAAUGCGCGCAUGUCGACCCAGUCGCAUCGUUCCCCCACCAUGAACACUGUGCAGACGACUCCCACCAAAGCUCCCUUGUCGACCCCUCCUAAGGCUUACGCCGGACCGACUUUCCAUCACUCUCCCGCGCCUUCCACCUUACCGUUGCCGAAGUUUUUCUUCUCAAAGUCCGUUCCCUCUGCCAGGACCCAGGGUCUUCAGGCCAUGAUGGAGGAGGAUGACAACAGCAGCACUACGACUGGCUCGCAGCCUUCAUCGCCCCCGGUCGAAGGACCUCUUGAGCAGCUUUUCAGAGCCGAUCGUGAGGAGAAGGCUCGCAAGAACCGUUCCUUCAGUGACAACUCCGACAGUGAUUCGACCCCCGAAAUCUUCGGACGUGACAUCUUCUCCAUGGAUCCGGAGUCACCUGUCAGGACUGUCUUCAACACCCCCCGCAGUAGCGUUGUGCGCCCCACUGCCGGCGAGCGUGCCGUCACCGAGCCGAUGUUCACCAUGGACUCGUUGAACGCUAACCUUCCGGCUUCUCCCGCUUCUACUGGGCGAAACCUCGACGAGGCUGAGAGGAUUGCCAAGACUGCUGCCUUGCGCCAACUUCUUUUCCAGCAGCCUGGCAUCUCUCCUGUCGCCUCGCCUGUGCAGCAUCGUGCUGUACCGGAUACUCAUUCGACUCCUGUGUCCGCUGCCCGCAACAACGGAAAUUUCUACGUGAGCCCCUUCGGUUCUCCGGUUGCGCAGCGCCAGCAAUCCCGCCAAUUCGAGUCGAUGAAGAUGCCCCCUGCCCAGCAGAAGAUGAAUCAGUACCGCACGGCCCCUGCCUACUCGCAGCCCCUGCCUCAGUACAAUGACAUCCAGACGCCGUAUUACAACACUACCACCAACAGCCAGCAGUUCUCGAACGUAUUCGACUCGCGCUACGACAGCAUGCCCUGCAAGGUUGAGUCGCGCGAUUACCUCGACAUUGAGAAUCACCUGCGCCAGGUUCUCAAGCUCGCUCCUCGCAACCCCGUUGGCGGAGUCAUGAUCUAAGAUCAAUUUCUUUUUUCUUUGCAUUCCGAAGAGGCUCGGCUUGAUUCUGGUACAUAUCUAGGGAGAUUUACAUUUGGUGUAUUACGGGAAUACCACGGUUUUACGUUUCGCAUCUCGAAUUAUACCACUUUCAUUUUUCCUUUGUUUUCUCAUUUUGGUGGGGAUACUUCUGCUGUGUUCGCGGUCUUUGUUUCCUUUUCAUUUUUCCUUUCAUCUGCGUCUUUCAAGACUCUACCUCUU